AUGUAAUUUUGCAUUCCCUAAUAACAGCAAUGCUGAACACGAUUUCAGAGGAAUAAAAAGCAGUUGGUGUAUUCGAAUUUAUCUUGUAAAUCAGAAAACUGUAUUAAAAAAAUACAGAAAGUCCUGCAGGCGGAACAUUUAUGCACAUUCGUUUGUUUCCUUGUUGCUUCAGGAUCAGCUUUGCAGAGCCCCCAUUGCUUCUUGUGCAGAAUCUGGUUGCUAAUAGAAUCAGGGAACUAAAAUGGAUGAAGAACCUGAACGAGCCAAGCGCUGGGAAGAAGGCUAUGAGAGGGCCUGGGAAAUCCUUAAAGAAGACGAGUCUGGAUCCCUCAAGGCAACUGUGGAAAAUAUUCUGUUCAAGGCGAAGAGAAAACGAGUCUGAAGGCUCUGAAAAUCCGCGUGUCAGUGAUUGGUCUGUCUGCUGAAGGGUGUGCACUGUCCUGACUGGGGAGACUGGCGGAACAUACCAUGUCAUUUUAGAUGAAAGGCCCUUCAAGGAGCUGCUACAGUAUCAUGUCAAGCCCCAUCCUACCAGCUCCAGCUCAGAGUGCUCCCUCAUUUGAAUGGGUUUUCCUCAGCAUACAGUUGCAUCCACAUGUGAUCAAGACUCCUUACCAUCUUUCAGCAUGGCGCACCUGGACAGCAGUGGCAGUGGGCCAAGCCUGACACUGGGAGGGUAUUACUGCCCUCAGUGCAGAGCUAAAUGCACCGAACUGCCCGUGGAGUGCAAAGUCUGCGAUUCUGAGAUGCAGACGGGUGUAAGUGUUGCAAGCAGACUAGACGUUGCUGUCGUUGUGUGUGGAAAUUGCAGGUCUUACAUUGGUGUCUGCCUCUCACCUGGUGCGCUCCUUCCAUCACCUUUUCCCAUUAGAGCUUUCACAGAAACACCUUUACAAGACUACCAAAGACAAAAGUUUUGUCAAGGGUGCCAGGGAGAACUCAAAGACCAGAAUGUGUACAUGUGCAUGUCCUGCCAGAGUGUGUUCUGUGUGGAGUGUGAUCUCUUCAUUCACGAAUCCUUACACUGCUGCCCCUCCUGUAUACACAGCCAGCCCAGCCCUCCAGGCGUCUGAAUCGUCAUUUUUCAGCUGGACCCUGGCGUGAGCCAAUGAAAACCACCAGAAUGUGCCUUUGAUAAUCCCUGUUGCCAUGACAAUGCAUCAUCAUCCUCAUAGUAUUAAUCAUGGACAAGUUUGUAUGCAGGACCAAAGUAAACACAUAAGCACUGGAGCCGACCAACAAAUAAAUAGGCAAUGGCUUAUGCUUGAAGUGUUUUUAGGGUCCUCCCUCCAAAAUCUGGACUCUUCUGUACUGUUUGUCUUUCUGUCACUCACUACACAAUACUGCCUUCAUUUUAUAAAUGUUUUCCAAACCUUUACCACAGUCUCCCAGCCGCCUGCUAGAGACCUUUCAAAUUGUGUUUGGGUGUAAUUCAAUUAAACCGCUGAUUUUAUACCAAGAUUACACGUGUCCCUUGUUUAUAAGAAUCUGAGAUGAGAAUGGUUCACAUUUACCCAGUGUCUAGAACAGAGACCUAAUACAUGCAACAUUAACGAAUACAAACCAGCAUCAGAUGGGUUGUCAUAAUUGUUUUAUUUAACAGUUCUUGAUCACACACAUCAACAAAAAGCUCACCCCUCCUUUCUCUUGUGUCAUGUGGUACAGCACACACACGUCAUCAUUCACAUUUCACAAGAGUGUUCAGAGUUUUACAAAAUGAAAAGCAACUGGGACUCUGCCGGGUCAAGAAUACAUUUACCUGUGCAUGUGAACUGUAAUGUUCUUUACUGUUAAAGCAUUUCAGAUUGUGUGCUACUUCAUCUUGGUAACUGCAAUGAAAUCACUGCGAAAUACAUGAUCUAUAUUAUUCUACACAAAAACUCUCAUUUAAAAAACUAAUGAUUUCUUAAGCAAUAGAAAGACAACCUGGCCAAUGAAAGAACUAAUCCUGCCAGUGUUAAUCCAUAACAUACAAGGCUGAUUUAUAAACAGUGAACCAUGUGAAAGAAAUGGCAAAGCAAGCAUGUUUGAAGCGAGAUCCAGCAAUGCUUUGAUUUCAGGUAGCUGCUACAGGACAUGGUCCAGAUUGCCAGGUGUGAAGUUUGCACCUAGUCUUGUGCUGUAGCUUGUCUGUAAUAGUGUUUUGUUUUAGAGCAUUGUUUAUGGCCCACCCUCUGUAUACUGGUAUGCUAAAGGAAUACCUAUUGGCAUUGCUAGUUUGAAAGAGAAGAACGCUGCUCUGUAAUAAACAGACUCAUGUCAUUUUAGUAAAACAGGUUGAACCCCCACCCCCCCAAAAAUAAUAAAGAAGCUAACAACAGAAAUGACACAUAAGCCAUUUUAAAACAAGGCAUUUUUUUUGGGGGGGGGGGGGGAUCAAAUUUACAAUUAGGCAUCUAUACAAAAGUAAACUGCUGUCAUUGAAGAAAACGGAAAAUUCUGUGCAUUAGUGGUUCAAAAGCAAAACCGAUCUUCAGCUUUUCAGUGGUACAGAGUUUCAAAUUUAAACAGGCUCAGCUGACAGCAGAACACAGAAAGUCCCAGGGCAAGAAAACCUCUUUCUACACACAACUGACCGGUGGUUUUUUGUUUUGUUUUUAAUAACCUUGUUGUAUAAUUUAAAUAGAAACAAGAAUAUCCUUGAGUUUUUAGGAAAGGGCUGCAGUUCUAGUCUGAAAUUACCGAAAUUUCCGCAAUUAUUUGUUUUUUUUUGUUUUGUUUUGUUUUUAAAAGGAAAAAAAAGCAGCCAAUGAAGCUACCAAACCAAAAAUGAAACAACUCAAUACUUUUCAUUUAGGGUCUUGGAAGCAGUCUCAAGUUAUUUUAUAUUCCUUUUAGAAUUGUAAUUUUCCUUUCAGAAAUAAUAAAUGAGCUGAAUGAGA